AUGUGGGUGACAGAUUUACCGUAUAAGCUGAUGCCCAAAGUUAAAGCCCAGGGAUUUAAAGUUGUUGCUGAUUCAUUGAAUCAUGAAGAUGGUACAUGGAAAUUGGAGGUUCUUGAACAACUUUUCUCACCAUCUGAAGUGGCAGCUAUACGUAGUUGUUCUUUUAGUCAAUAUGGGGGAGAAGAUAAAGCAAUAUGGGGCUAUGGGUCUUCUAGAAUUUUUCUGUCAAAUCAGCUUACUAUGUGGCGAUUUAAGACCAUAUUGAUUUGCCACAAUCGAAAGCCGAAUCCGGCUCUCAUCAAGGUGAUGCUGAGCUCUGCUUGUGCUGAGGCUCAUUGUGUGCAUCGGGUUUUAUGGUGGGCCAAUUAUCUGGGUUCCAAUUCCUUAGGCUUGGGAGAAAGACCUUGGAAGGUAGCAGAUGCCAGACUUGUCCUGGAAGAUGGUUCUAUUUGGAGGGCGAAGUCAUUUGGUGCUUCAGGAACCCAAAUUGGUGAAGUGGUUUUCAAUACAUCUUUAACGGGGUAUCGGGAGAUUCUUACAGACCCUAGUUACGCUGGCCAGUUUGUCUUGAUGACAAACCCUCAUAUUGGCAAUACCGGUGUUAAUUUUGAUGAUGAAGAAUCAAGACAGUGCUUCCUCGGUGGUUUGGUAAUAAGAAGUUUAGUAUCAGGUAUUACUUCAAAUUGGAGAAGCACAAAAACACUUGGUGAUUAUUUAGCAGAAAGGAACAUUAUGGGAAUAUAUGAUGUUGAUACACGUGCAAUUACCCGAAGAUUGAGACAAGAUGGAAGCCUUAUAGGUGUACUCAGCACAGACGAAGUUAAAUCAGAUGAGGAACUUGUAGAAAUGUCUCGUACUUGGGACAUUGUUGGUGUGGACUUAAUAAGUGGUGUCUCCUGCAAAGCCCCUUAUCAUUGGAGUGAUAAUACAGAUCCAGAGUGGGAUUUUAAUUCCAAGGGGAGAGAUGGAGAGACCUUCCAUGUCAUUGCAUAUGAUUUCGGUAUCAAGCAUAAUAUACUGAGGCGCUUGGCAUCCUAUGGAUGUAAAAUCACUGUUGUCCCUUCAACAUGGCCAUCGUCAGAGACUCUAAAGAUGAAACCAGAUGGAGUCAUAUUCAGCAAUGGCCCAGGAGAUCCAUCUGCUGUUCCGUAUGCUGUUGAAACAGUCAGGGAUAUAAUUGGAAAGGUUCCUGUUUUUGGAAUUUGCAUGGGGCAUCAGUUGCUUGGUCAGGCAUUGGGUGGUAAAACCUUUAAAAUGAAAUUUGGUCACCAUGAAGGAAAUCAUCCAGUCCGUAACCUUAGGAAAAACCUUGUUGAGAUAAGUGCUCAAGUGUGUUUGCUUAAGAAACUCUAUUGAUACCAUUGUACGAUU